CACUCCCGCCCCUUCCUCUGAAUGCCUCUGCCUGUCGAUCAGGCAGAGGCAUUCGCAUCCAUGCAAUCGCAGGACCCAUUCUGCACAUGCGCACGUGUAGGACCUGACCAUCGGGAAACUUCAGUAACAUAGACGAAUUUGAGGGGUGGUCCGGGGGUGCACCGGACCACCCAUUAGCCUGUAUCCAUUGCUGACCGUGAGGACUAUAGCCGCGCUGCUGCUCCCCGGGCCCGUCUCCUCCUCAUGCUAUUGAAUGUGAGCGGCGUGAUGUGCUGAUGUCACACCGCACUUGUUCCUGUCAAAGGCUGCCUGCCGAGCUGGUGCUCCGCAAGUCCUCCCUCCCACCACCAGCUCUUAUUGCGGUCUCUCCUGCUGCCCUCCACUGGCUCCCGGUCCUCGGCUCCCGGUCCUCAGUUCCCGGCUCCAGCCUCCUCACCCCUCCGGCUCACAGCUACCUCACCCCACUGGACCUCAUUCCUCUUAGCGACCGGCUCCUAGCUGGCUCACCCCGCCAACUCCCAGGAGGAAGGGGGAGGAGAGAGGCAUCUUCUGGACGAUGUGAUCUCUUACAUGAAUAGUGAAUACCAACUGAAGAUGCCGUCUGCCUUAGAGGGUACAGUUCUUUAGAGGUUCCAUAUUGUGAUCAACCAUCACAUAGUUCCACAGAUUGCAGAACCAGUGAGCAGCUAAAGCAGCGCCUGGAGCAACACCACAAUCAGCAGAAGCCUUUGAAGAUGGUGGUGGGCUGGAGAGCUCCACCAGACAGCGGGGCCACAGACAGGAGAGCAGAGCAAUGGCGGCUUAGCUUCUGGAAGCGUGGCGAGCCCCAGUGCAGAACGGAGGAUCAGGGAAGCACACAGAGGUCAGAGGUCAGCAGAAGGACAUCCGGUACAGGUGCUUUGUUUUGGUUGACAUAAGCCUUGGUUAUUGUGAUUUAUUGGUGUGCUAGAGAACACCAAGACUUUCUUUAUUUUGGAGCAGGUGCUUUGUUUUGGUUGACAUAAGCCUUGGUUAUUGUGAUUUAUUGGUGUGCUAGAGAACACCAAGACUUUCUUUAUUUUGGAGCAGGUGCUUUGUUUUGGUUGACAUAAGCCUUGGUUAUUGUGAUUUAUUGGUGUGCUACAGAACACCAAGACUUUCUUUAUUUUGGAGCAGGUGCUUUGUUUUGGUUGACAUAAGCCUUGGUUAUUGUGAUUUAUUGGUGUGCUAGAGAACACCAAGACUUUCUUUAUUUUGGAGCAGGUGCUUUGUUUUGGUUGACAUAAGCCUUGGUUAUUGUGAUUUAUUGGUGUGCUACAGAACACCAAGACUUUCUUUAUUUUGGAGCAGGUGCUUUGUUUUGGUUGACAUAAGCCUUGGUUAUUGUGAUUUAUUGGUGUGCUACAGAACACCAAGACUUUCUUUAUUUUGGAGCAGGUAAGUGCCCUUGGCCUGUGUUGGUGCCUGUUUGUGUUUGUUAAAAGUGUUGUGAUUAUGUUUGUUUUCCAUUUGGGAAAUAAAUGUUUUUUGGGUUACCAGGAUUGAUCUGCAAAGUAGUGUUUUUCUUUCCUGGACUAGCUACUAAAUGCCUUUUUUUUUUUUUCAUAAAUGUGUUUUUUUUUUUUUUGUUGUUGUUUCUGAUGUGUUUGAUGCUCUGAAAUUUUUUACGUAAUUUUUUUGGGGAUUUUUCAAAAUGAAAUAUGUAUUUUUUGGAAAAAUAAUAAUAUAUAUUUUUUUUUUAUUUUUAAUUUAAUUUUGUUCCUGAAAAAUGUACGCUCCUGCAGUAAGUUGACACCACAUUUUUUUUAACAUUUAUUGUUUGUAUAUUUUUGUCACUUUGUUUUUGUAUUAUUCAACUUUUUUUUUUUUUUCUCAAAAAAGUGUGUUAUGUCAAUAUUUAUUGCAGCCGAAGCCCUACCUCCCCAACCCACGCCAGCACUCCCACCCCAACCGCCAGCCCCACAACCACAACCGGCUCCUCAUCAACCAAGGCAACGGAGGCGUGCUAGGCCACCAAUUUUCAGAACCCGUGUCCUACUUUUUGGGAUGCCAGAUGAUGUGGUGGUGCGUAGAUACAGGCUGCCACCACAUCUAAUCCUAGACACUCUCUCCAUAAUAGAGAGUGAUCUGGAGUCUGAAAUUCGGUAUCCUACAGCAAUACCACCAUUGACACAAUUCCUUGCUGUGUUACAUUUUUUAGCUACAGCCUCAUAUCAGCAUGUUGUGGGAGACCUGGUUGGCAUGUCGCAGGGCCAGUUCAGUAAGGUCCUGCGGCGUGUCUGCCAGGCUUUCCUAAAGCGGGUGAAGCAAUUCAUUGAUAUGCCUUUGGAUGUUGGUGCCCUAGAUGUGGUGAAGCGGCAAUUUGAGGAAGGUGGUAGUCGCUUCCCACAUGUUAUUGGGGUUGUGGAUGGCACACAUGUUGCUAUUCAGCCACCAAGACAUAAUGAAGAAAUUUAUAGAAACAGGAAACUGUUUCAUUCUCUGAAUGUAAUGGUUGUUUGUGGGCCAUCCCUCCAGAUCCUUUCCCUGAAUGCCAAGUUUACUGGAAGUUCACAUGAUGCAUAUGUCAUUAGACAAUCAGGGAUAUGGCAGAGAUUAAGAUCAAGUCAACGAGCAGACAUGUGGUUAUUGGGAGACCGUGGAUAUCCUUGCACCCCCUGGCUCAUGACUCCUUACCGUAAUCCCAGGCCAGGACCACAGAUGGCAUUUAACUCCACGCUUACUGCCACUAGGCAGCUGGUGGAGCGCACAAUUGGUGUCCUUAAAGGGCGGUUUCGUGUGCUCCACCGCACUGGUGGCGACAUCAUGUAUUCGCCAGAGAUGGCAAGUAAAAUAGUGGUCCUGUGCGCAAUACUACAUAAUAUCGCGGUAAGGAGUAGUGUAGAGCUUCCUCAGGCAGAGGAAUUGCCUGAUGAGGAGCCAGGGGUUGUUCGACACUUCGGUGGGGGGAGUGUUACACGGAGGGGGAGCCAAGUCAGGGCAAGGAUUGUUGCCGAAUAUUUCAGCUGAAUGAUCACACAAACUGUGGACGACAACAACGGCAGAGAUCGCAGCCCCCUUCCCCUUCCCAGUCCCCCUCCCCUUCUCAAUCCCCCUCCCCUUCCCAGUCCCCCUCCCCUUCUCAAUCCCCCUCCCCUUCCCAGUCCACAUCAGCUUCCCACGCCCCCUCAGCUUCCCAGUCCCCCUCAACUUCCCACUCCCCCUCAGCUUCCCAGUCCCCCUCAGCUUCCCAGUCCCCCUCAGCUUCCAACACCCCCUCAGCUUCCCAGGCCCACUCCACUUUCCACUCCCCUUCUCACCCCACCUCUCCAUCUCUUUCUGUGACCCCUUCUCCUCCUUCCCAUACCCCUUCUCCUUCCACUUCAAAAUCCCCUUCUCAGCCCCCCUCACCCUCUAUUGGCUUAACUUUCUCUCCGCACCCCUCGCCCUCACAAUCAGACCCACCCUCUGAAAAAAAAUCCCCAAUCCAGCCUCCUUCCCCCAUCCAGCCUCCUUCCCCCAUCCCUCCUCCUUCCCCAAUCCCUCCUCCUUCCCCCAUCCACCCGCCUUCCCCCAUCCAGCCGCCUUCCCCACCCAGUGAGUGGGCACAAGAAGCCCCUGAUGUUUUUCCUGCAAGCCAUCAUGUUGCAGAGGAAAAUGUUGCAGUUGGAGAUCCCACAACUUUUGCGGCCAUUCUGGAUACCAUGCAACAAAAUCUGCUAUCCUUGCUGGCUUGUGUGGAGCAGCUUAAAAAAUUUUCAUGAUUGUUUUUUGUUAAAAAUUUUAUAUUUUCAGUUUUAAUUUUAACAAAUUAUAAAAAAAAAAAAAAAACCAAAUCAUAUUUCAAGUUAA